AUGACGCCCAAGGUCAUCAAUGCCGGGCCUUCCCUCGAGAAGGCCCAGAUGUACGGCAUAACCGACCAACGGCCUGCCUACUCCAAGCUCAUGGGGCUCGCCGGCCGCAUCUUCAUCGAAACAAUCCCACAAUGGCUGGCUGUAGGAGCCAUGCUGAGUUUGAUAUUUGGAGGAUGUUGUUCGAAUGUCUUUGCACUUGAAGCAAUCAUCAAAGUCGAGCCUGCUAGUGGAACACUUCUUACCUUUGUCCAGUUCCUCUUCGUCGCCAUCACGGGCUAUAUUUCCCAGUUCGACUCUUCGCGCCCCCCUUUCUUUAUCGCACCGAACAAAGUGCCCAUCCGUCGCUGGCUGAUCAACAUUGUCUUGUUCUUCAGCAUUAAUGUUCUGAACAACCACGCCUUCAGUUACGACAUAUCCGUGCCCGUACACAUCAUCCUAAGGUCCGGCGGCAGCAUUACGACCAUGAUCGCGGGAAGCUUGUGGGGGAAAAGAUACUCGCGCAUACAGAUCGUCGCUGUGCUACUACUAACCGUGGGAGUCAUCACCGCCGCUUGGUCGGAUGCGCAGUCCAAGGCAAGGCAGAAAACACUCGGGGUCAGUGAGCAAAACCAAUGGCUAACUUUUGACGUUCAGGACAAGACAGGCCAAGGGCCAAGCGAGUCUGCAUCAACCUUCAGUACCGGCCUGAUCAUUCUUUUCGUGGCACAGGUGCUCUCGGCCAUCAUGGGAUUGUAUACCGAGGAGACUUACAAGAAAUAUGGCGGGCAUUGGAAAGAGAACCUGUUCUACUCGCAUCUUCUCUCCCUGCCCUUGUUCUUGCCUUUCAGCGCCUCACUCUACCGACAGUUUAUACGACUCGUCAACAGUCCACCGCUUACCUUCCCGGCGUACGUGGACCAGCUGGCCGUGCCUUGGAACGUUCCCCAGUCACUGGGCGACAGCUUAAAGCAUAUAUACAUACCAAGUCAGGUCGUGUUCUUGAUGCUCAACGUGCUUACGCAGUAUGCCUGUAUCCGUGGUGUCAAUCUGCUGGCGGCAGCAUCGUCGGCUCUCACUGUCACGAUCGUGCUGAACAUUCGAAAGCUAGUCAGCCUGUUGCUGAGUAUCUGGCUAUUCGGGAACAGGCUCGCUCCUGGUACCCUUGUUGGAGCGGUUGUGGUUUUCUCGGCUGGCGCACUGUACUCGCUGGACUCUGGGGGCCGAUCCAGGGCUCCGAGACACAAGGCUGCCGCGGCCAACAAGGCUGGCUAG